CCAACUGUAAGAAGCAGAGCAGCUGAGCAAUGGAGGGAGACCGAGACAACUACUACCUGGACCAGGUUACUAUUUCUGAAGGAUCAGAGGAUGGAUAUCAGUAUGAAGAGAUCCCAGCUGAUGAUGACUUUAGUCUGACGGAUGGGGAUGAAGAUCUUUUGAGGGCAGUGCGGACUGCUCAAGAACAGGCUGAGGAUGUCCAGUCUCCGAGAUCCCCCCUUUCCUCCCAGCGACCAGUGUCUCACAGACCUGAAGUAGUGGAUGAUUUUCUUCGUAAUUUUCUGAUUAAAAUGGGGAUGAUGAAAACCUUGGAAUGCUUUCAGACAGAAUGGUAUGAAAUGAUGCAGAAAGGCCUCCUGCAGCCAGAAGCUGCUGGCUUUGUCCCAGAUGUUUAUGCUCACAACCAGAUGUUAGACUCCGAGAUAAAGAGUUUAAAGAAAGAAGUGGAAACAUACAAACUUGCUGCAAGUAAAGCUAAAGAAUCGAUGGUAAAGCUGCAGAAAGAGCGUGAUUUCCACCGGAUGCAUCACAAGCGCGUGGCCCAGGAAAAAAACAAGCUCAUUAAUGACAUCAAAAGGUUGAAGGCACAUUAUGCAUCUUAUGAACCAUUGCUGAAACAGCUACAUGAAAAAUACCAAACAGUCCUGCGGCAAAAGAUGCUGACCAGUCUAGAGAGGGACCGAGCCGUUGGAGAGGUGACUGGUCUGCAGGCUACCUUAAAGAAUAUGGAAUCUGGACAUAAAGUUGAUCUCCUUGUCAAAAAGGAUGACGUUAAACCCAAGAAAGAUGAUGGCCCUACUCAAAAGUCAAUUCGGGAGGCUCGAGAGAAAGAACUGUUACAGGAAGGGGUAGCUUUAUAUAACGCGGAGAAAGACCCAAAUAAACAAAUCGAAAAGGCACAUCCUAAGGACUCUGAAUUUCCUCCGGACAACAGAGUGAACCCUCUUCUGGCUCAACUUAAAGGGAAGAGCAGCCAUCUCCUUAAAACAAGUGGAUACAGUUUAAGCAACACCCUGAAAGCACAUGAACUAGCCGUGAGCUGUUUGGCCUUGCACCCUCGUAAGGAAAUCUUGGUUACCGCCAGUGAUGACCGCCUUUGGAAGAUGUGGUCCAUUCCCAGCGGAGAGAUUAUCAUGACUGGUGAAGGACACUCUGAUUGGCUUUCUGGCUGCUGCUUCCAUCCAAAUGGCACAAAAUUGGCAACAUCUUCCGGUGAUUCUACAAUUCGUAUAUGGGACUUUGCCAAGUCAGAAUGUAUCCUCACAUUGGAAGGACAUACGCAUGCAGUCUGGGGCUGUUCAUGGCACACAUGUGGAGAUUUCCUGGCUUCUUGUUCCCUAGACAACAACAGCAAAAUAUGGGAUCUCAACAGUGAAAGGUGCAGGUACACCAUGAGAGGCCAUGUGGAUUCUGUUAAUAGCAUUGAGUUCCUGCCCUAUUCCAACAUUGUGCUCACUAGCUCUGCCGAUAAGACCUUGUCCUUGUGGGAUGCCAGAAUGGGGGGGUGCGCUCAGACCUUCUAUGGCCACCUUCACUCAUGCAACUACGCCACGUUUAACAUGAAGGGAGACACAAUUGCAUCCUGUGAUUCGUAUGGCAUUUUGAAGCUUUGGGACGUGAGGAAGGUAUCAGCGGUGUUAUCAGUUGAUGCAGGACCUCACCCUGGAAAUCAAGUGGCCUUUGAUCCUUCAGGCCAGUUGGUGUCCCUGGCCAGCAAUGAUGGAACAGUCAAGGUGCUGGUGCUAACAUCUGGGCAACUGAUGAACUUAGAAGGCCAUGAAGAAGAUGCUCAAUGUGUGAUCUUUGACCACAAAGGAGAUUAUCUGAUUUCUGGGGGAUCUGAUGGGACUGUCCGCUUCUGGUCCUAAUGUGAUCUUUAUUAUCUUGUCUACAUACCUGUUUGAAAUAUGCAAACAUGACUAACAAUUUUAAAUGUCCAAUAAAAAUUGUUUUGUUAG